UCAAAAUUGUCACUUAAGCAUUCAGCAUUUCAGCUAAUUAUUCGUGAUUCUAACCUAAAAACUUUCUAUGUUUUCAAUCGUGUAUAAAAAAGUGUUUCACUUUCAUAAUAUGUUGAAAUUACCGUGUAUGAUAUGAAGAAAGUGAAUUCAAUUUUUUUUACUAAUUUCAUAAAUAAGAACAUCUGAAAAUAAAAAUUGUGAUUCGUGAAUUAUUUCAAAAGUUGAAGAAAUUCUAUGAGUUUGAAAUGGCUGAAGCAAUUUUCAAAUUUCCAUUACAUGAUAAUAAUGAAUCUAACAAUAAUAACGUACGUUAUAUUAAUCCGUUAUUGAUUUCAGAAUUGGCAAAACCUAUUUCUUUGAAAUUAGCUGAGGGUGCUAGCGUUAUUGGAAAAGAUUUCUUCCAUUCUGAAAGGAGUGAACCUCAAUACGAAGCGGACUUGGUAUUCAUCAAGCAGACAUGUAUUAACUUCAAAAGACCCUUUCAAGUGAAUGGAAUCAACAAAUCUACAAUCUUAAGCUUAUUAGAAAAAAAAUAUGGAACAAUAAUUGAGGAAACUGACAGAAAUGAAAUGAAAAACGAUUCUAUCGCAGAAAUAAAAGAAAGGCUACCUUUGCUCUUGGCAAACAGAGUAAAGGAUCUGAAACGGAUAAAACAGAUCAACUUAGAGAUAAUGCGAGUGAACAUUUAUAAUAAGGCAAGAGAAAUACAGUUUAGGAAUGGAAUUGAAUUGAAUAUUCCAUCAGAUCAAGAACUCUUGGAAAUAUAUGCGAGUAUAAAUGAGAAAACUAAUACAACUCAGAUCAAUGAAGAACUGAUAGAAAAUUCAGUUGAAUCAUUUUCUAGAAGUAAUGAGUACAGAUUGAAGCAUGUUGAAUUUGGAUAUUCCAUACUCAAUCUUGGAUCUACUUAUGAAAAUAAAAUACACUUACAGUUUCUAUUGAAUAGUAUAUCCAGCUAUAAAGAAAUGCAUGAUUUUGAAAAAAGAUUCUGCGAAUACCAUUUCAAGUUUAUAGAUCAGAAUCCAGAUUUGGUGGAAUGUUACCGUAGUCAAUUGUUUUUCAUUUUGGAAAUUCUGAUCAUAAAAAUUUGUACAUCAUUAAUCACUAUACCAACAGAGGCAUUCCAUUAUGAGAUAACAAAAUUGGAGGAAAAUGAAGAUUUCAAUUGCAUGAUAGUCGCCUGUAAAUUAGAUGCUGUAAUUCAUGAAAAAAUAACAGAUGUGCUGCAUUCACUGUAUUUUCUUAGCAAUUUCAACAGAAAAAUACUAGAUAUCGAAGAAAAAAUAAAACUUGCUGUAAUAUAGAUAAAAAUCUAGUUUGCAUGUGUUACAUGCAUUUAUUACUCAAUAAUCUUUUUAUGAGAUGUAUUUAAAUUUCGUUUAUUAUUUCCAAUACAUAUUUACUUCGGUAUACUGAUCAAAAUAAAAGUAUUCUUC